CCAAAAAAAAUGAAAAGAUAACAAACAGAAAAUGGCGGUCUGUUCUUCACUCUCAGUUCUAUCUGCCAAUUCAGCCCCAAGAGUCAUUUCCAAUCCCUUAGAAACUAGGGUUAGUUUUUUGAACCUCCCCAAAACCCUAUCUCCUAUGCCCUCCAAAUUGUGUGGAAACCAGUGGAAGAAUCGCAGGCUCACGAAGUUAAACCGUGCUGGACUUUCUCAGAUUGAGCCCGAUCUCAACGAAGACCCGGUUGACCGUUGGGCCACCAACAGUGUUUCCCCUGACGAUUUCAAGUACGGGGAGUAUGAUGGGCACCACACGUACCACGAAGGCGAAGAAAAAGGAACUUUUUGGGGACUACUAGCAGAAGAGAUUGCAGGUGUAGGACCUCCUACGGGUUUUCAGGGGUUUAUUUCAUGGCUCUUCCUCCCAGCAAUUGCUGCUGGGAUGUUCUUCCAAGUCCCGAUGGUGUACUUGUUCAUAGGAGCAGGCUUGUUUACAAUAGUAUUUACCAUAAUUGAGCUGGAUAAGCCAGAUCAACCUCACAACUUCGAACCUCAAAUAUACAAUAUGGAGAGAGGAGCUCGUGACAAGUUGAUAGCUGACUACAAUACCAUGAGCAUAUGGGACUUCAAUGAGAAAUAUGGGGACCUCUGGGAUUUCACUGUGAUAAAGGAUGACAUAACAAAGAGAUAGUUUUCCCCUUAGCAUAUGGCGUCAUGAGAGUAACCAAUUCAUGUAUGAAAGUGGUGUAUGAGUGAUGGUGGUGGAAUGGCUAUCACAGAGGUUGCACGUGGCAGCACUGGUAAUAUUGGAGAUCACUGGGACUAGUUUCAUUUGCCAGCUGGGAGAGAGGAGGUGGUAGGGGUGGCCGGGUGGGUAUACAUUAGGCUUUUAUAGUUACCAUUUCCAGUUAAUUAUGCACCAUGGAAUAUUACCAGUCAGUUGAAUAGCUUUAUGAGGAGGGCAACAUUGUUUAGAUGCCCUGAGCUGGCUUGAUGAUUCUCUCUUUACAUACUAAUAUAUACCAUGUCUUCUGAAUUCUGCUCUUUUUCAUAUUGCAACAAUAUCUCUUCUCGAUGUUCAUUGUAAUUUUCAUGGUUUGUGUUGUUUAUUCAAGGGCUUCAGCAAACUAUGUGUAGGCCUUUGAGUAACAGCGCGGUGAAAGAGCAACAGAGGUUCUCAUGAUU